GCCCUUGUAUAUGCCUUUUGGUUGUACAUGCACACGGAGUGAUCUGGAAGGAGAGGGGAUUAUGGAAUUCGCACGGCAAAAAUAUCAAGCAUGCAAAAGAAAUCCUGAAGUUGUUGGAAGCAGUUCAACUCCCUGAGAAAGUGGCAGUCAUGCACAUUAGAGCACACCAAAAAGCAAACUCAGAAUUGGAAAAAGGAAAUGAGCUGGCGGACAGAGAGGCAAAACAUGCAGCCAAAAGAGAGGUGAAAACAGAAGGGGCCCUGAUCCCUGAUGGGCAAAUCUCCCUAGAAGAAAAAACUCUUGGGAACCCCAAUGGGAAGGACCCUUUCAGGUGCUGCUUACGUCAUACACUGCAGUAAAAAUUAAAGAACAACCUGCUUGGAUUCACCACACGAGAAUCAACAAGUCAACACAAGGUCCAUGGACACUUGAAACGACGGGACCAAUGGGUAGCUGCAACCACUUGGAAGAAAAAGCAGAAGAGGAGAGAGAAAUGCUGCCCAAAUGUUUGCAGUGUGAUCAGUGUUAAUAAAGCUUCUGACUGACCUCUUUUAAAAUGCACUUGCGUUAUUACACAUUUGGAGUCACAGUAUUCCCCAACACUCUAGUGCAGUCUUUGGCCAUCCACCCACUGGCUGCUUCAGAGAAGGAAUGAAAACGAAGAGGCUCUAACUCCAGUGGUCACCCUGCUGGCUAAAAAAUCACCAGAGCUGAGGGUCACGCACAGAAAGUGGAAGGGGACGGUGCUCCCUGCACCUAUAGCUGGAUGACGUGGGAAGGUUCAGCCCAAGGAAAAGUCCUGGACAGUGCUAAGAGAAGUUGCAGCCUCCUUUCCUGCUCCUGGGGCAAGGCCUGGGGCCAGCACCCUGCAGUGACCCUCACAGCCUGCGGACUGCUCUGCCCGAAUCUCCAGGGUGCAGCAGUCUCCUUGGGGAGGCAGCUCCCUGACAGGGCAGGCUGCAGCCCCUGUUGUGACACGCGAUGAGGCAACAGCGGGGCCGUCUGUGACAUCACACCACGUCCUGCUCAAAAGCCCUGUGCGCCGCGACCUGCCCUCACUUGGCUGCGAGGCCUUCAGGAGGCAGUGGCUGGUGCUGCUCUGCUGGGGCUGCCGCUGUGAUCUUGAGGAGCUGCCUUGCAGAAAGGAGCCAAAGGCACUGGGAAGCAGCGUCCCCGCGUGGGACAAUUCCUGCUGACGAGUGGAGGAGGCCCGGAGCGAGAUGGAGGCCAGGAGUGCUCCCAUCCUGUGCAACGGCCGCCUCAUGUGUCCAACACUCAUGCACCUCCAGGACGAUGAGAUUGUGAAAGUUUGGGAUGCAGUAUCCCACUUCAUCCGCAGGCAGUUUGCGCUGAACAAGGGUGUCACAGUACCUGGGCUGGGCACCUUCUUUGCUGUUAAACAGGACCGGCCCAUGGCAGGCGUUAAGCUCCUUGACGCAAAGAAGCCCGUCUUCCAGGUUUCGGAGCACUUUGCCAAUGUUCAUGGGCUCCCUUACAAGAAAGAAACUUUUCCUGGAAUACCUCCAUUUGUUUUCCUGAAUUAUGCCUGGUUGUCCUUGGACAUCGGCAUUCCUCGGGACACCGUGCAGCGCUGCAUUCAGGAGACCCUGCUCUUUCUCUCCUACACCCUUGCAAAGAAGCAGGCUGUGGAUUUCAUCUUCAAGGACAUCGGCCGUCUGGUCUUCCGCCAGAACAGAGUCCAAAUGCACUUUUCCUCCGACUUUGUUCACAACCUGAAUAGCAACGGCCAGCUGUUGAAAUGCCGCCUCACUAGUUUAAGCACAACGGAGUUGGCCACAUCGGAGAGAAAAAGCAUGGUCUCACAUCCAGCUUCUCGAGGUGUCAUCAUCUUUCCCAGGAUUGGGCUCUACAUACCUCGGGGAAGAGCUGCAGGGGAAGGGUCUCUCCAAGCACCCAAGGGUUCUGCUUUGGAGAAGAAGGGAGACGCAAGUGUGGAGGGAGAGUCUACCAGAAGAGGGAUGCCUCCUAUUAAGAGCCAGCUGCUCACACCCCAGAGUCUCUCUCUAUCCAGACUCUCCAAGAUGAAAGGGGAGGCAAAGCUGAGCCAGGCUGCAGUGGAAAAAGAGCCUUCUCGCAGGCUGCUGACAACCCGUGAGGAAAGCUCCUCAAGAAUGGCAGAAGAGGGGAAGGGCAAGCUCUGUGCUGUGGCCUGGCCCCAAACUCAAGCCCCUGCCUGUGAGGGUCAACGGAGAGGAGGACAGCAGAAGACGCAGAAGGAAAUGCAGGGGCUGCAGACAGAGAGCACAUCCUCCAUGGCACUUGUGGAAUGGAAAAAGUCUCUGCAGAUGGUGCCAGUGGACAUGAAACAGCAGCAUGUCCUAAUCCCUCACCCGCCGGAGAAGAAGGCUGAGGCAGCUCCUCUGAGCAAACCGAGUGCCAGCUGCCUUUCAGUGCGGACUGAGCGCGUGAGGAAACAGCUGGAGAGGAGAGGGGAGGUCCUGCAGAAAGACAAGACCAAGAGCAGAGCUGUCGACAUCCCUGGAAAUUCUGCAGAGGAUCUUCUGAUUUGCGUUGGUGAGAAAAUCCCUGUGCUUCCAAUGCCAAAGAUGACACGAGCAUCAGGGAAACCAGCGAGGACCCCUCGCAGCUGGGAGCAGCUGCGAGCCCAAUAAAGUCUUUUGCUUCCUGCUGGAAGGACCAGA